AUGUCCCUGCAAAAGGGAACACGUUAUAGCUCCGGCUGGCGAGGUUUUCUCCAGCCGACAGACCGUCCACUCCCCCUCAGUCUCUACCCCUCUAGACUGCAGGCAGGCAUGGCGGCUAUCGAGGCACGGGAAUGCGAAACAGAAGGUUGUAGCAGCGAGGCCAAACUUCAGUGUCCAACCUGUAUCAAGCUCGGGAUCCAAGGCUCAUACUUCUGCUCUCAGGUAGCAUUCGUUUUCUAAUUCAUUCAGUUUGAAAGGGGUCUGACAUGAUACACACAGCGGCCCAGCAUCCUUCAUCACGAGGUAGCUAGCGCUGACAAAGCUGCCCUGAUUGAGUUUCCUCACACCCAUUUAAGUAGCCUAGCAUACGAAGCUAGCUAACUAGCUAACUGCAAGCGUUUUCUGCUUAAACCCGUAGCUAAAAAGCAAUGGUUUGCAAACACAUUAUCUAGGAACUUUAUUUGAAGCCAAUAGCUAACAUUAUCCUCCUGUAUGAAAAAUGCUUGUUGAUAAGUUUAUUGUAAUCCUAACUAGUUAGUUUAGCGCUAGUUAGCUAGCUACUAACGUUAGCGAACUAAUUCGCUAGCGCUGUGUUUGUUAAUCAGCAUCAACUUUGUGAAGUCUAGCAAGCUAACGUUAGUUGGGUAGUUAGCCUAGUUUUCUCAUUGGCAUUGGUUAUUGCAAUGAAUUAAAUGACUAGCUAGCUAACUGCUAAGCAAGCUAACUAGCUGAGGCAUACUUUCUUCAAGCUGAUGUAGCCAUGUUUAUUCAUUUGAUUUCUCUGCUCCUGGUCUGGCUGUAGUAACCCACCUGUGGCUUGUUUGUCUGAAAUGUUGACCUGCUUUUCACGAUCACUUUUACCAAUGGGUAAGAGUAUGUAAACCACUGUCAAUCAUUGAAAUUGCCAAGGGUACAAGGAAAGAAGGAUGCAGGCCCCAGUUGCAGUUUAGCCAAAUGUAUUUAUAAUUAACCCAUCUGUCUGUGGUUUAGCUGUGUGCCAUUAAAGGUAAAAGGAAGUGUAACUAGUUUAAAACUUAUCACAGUCUGGCAGCAUAGGCCUAGAUUCAGUUUUGGCAGAGACCGAUUGGGGAGGUAGGGAGAUCUGCUCUGACGUUCCAUGCAGGCAGCUCUGUCAGAGCCUCUCUCCUACCCAGAGUCAUGAGGCCAGCUGAAGUCGGUGGGAUAUUUUUACCCCACUGCUCUCUUACUAUUCUAGUGGUCACUGGUCAAAAAAUUAACUGAGCAGCAGAGAUGUUAGUCAUGGUCAACUGGCCAUUGACCUAGUCUUGUAAGAAACUGGAAAGUGGUUUAUGUAGCAUGUGUGAAAUUCAGAGCCCAUUGAUCUCUCUCCCUCUGCCUUUUUAUAGUUUUGAGCAGGGAUGCACAACUCCCAGUCCACAGACGAUUAGAGGAAUUGAUUCUGCAAUUGGUGCCAGUGAGAAACAAACAACCAGAAGAUACUGCUGCCAUUGAUUGAGGUCACACACCCCUGAUGUACGGAGUCUCAUAUGGAUGUAUCUCUCCUCUCUUUGUCCCCUCAUUCAGGAGUGCUUCAAAGGGAGCUGGGCCACUCACAAGCAGAUGCACAAAAAAGCAAGUAUGUAUCCUCCUCAGCAAUAUCCUAUCGCACAAAUCAUUUUUCAAACAUACCACAAUGUCCCUUCAUGGGCUUUCUGUCAUUGUUCCCAUUCUUACAUGACCUAUCAUCUGAAGGCAUAGAAUAUGUGAAAGCCCACAUAAAUGGCCAAGCUUUUCCAUCCUCUAAUUUUGAUGGUGAAAUAGAGCAAUGGUGUAGCCAUUCAAAAUGGACGAGACACUGCAAUCCGUACCAGCCAUUAGAGCAGGUGCGGACAAUCUGUGAGAUUCGGUGAGUGUACAGGCUCCCCCCCAGCCAGGCAGCAAUACACCGGAUUCAACUAAUCAAUGUAAAUGAAAGCACACUGGGCCCUCACAGGGUAAGCUUGCCCUAGAGUAGUCUAGUGUGUAUGUGUGAACACCUAACUGAUCUUUCAAAAUGGUGUCAAAUCAGAUGUCCUAUAUUACAUUCUGUUUUUGCAGAGGAUGAUAAGAACCAGGAUGAGGCAAAGAACUGUGUGGAGAACGACACCAACACAGACCCAUGGCCUGGCUACCGCUACACGGGAAAACUACGCCCUCACUACCCACUCGUAAGGCCACCUUUCUUGUACAUUUCUAAAUGGGGCUAAUGUGCUGAUAAGAGCUUUUUUUCUUAACUACCUAGUAGUCCAACAUACGUCAACACAACAUGAUUUAAUAGAUGUAAGCCACACAAACUUUGUGUAAAGUUUACUCAUUAGCCCCCGGGAGCUGUGUAAUCAUGUCUCUAAACUCUCGUCUUGUUGGUUCCUUCUGUGAGCUCCAUGUAAUCAAUCUCUCCUGUCAUUGGUUCCCCAUGUAGACUCCCAUGAGGCAUGUCCCCGGUGACAUUGAAAGACCUGACUAUGCCGACCAUCCACUAGGUAACGCUACUCCUCUUAGACCGCCUCCAGUUGCUUUUAAGUUUUAA